AGAGAACAAAGAGUGCAUCCCUUCUCUUCACUCACUUGGUUUGAUUAUGUUUUGUCUCAUUGUCUUUCUCUGCUGGUGCAGGAUGAGAAUCUGCAUGAUGUGUUGCAGUUGGUGGUAGCGCUCAUGUCUGAGCAUCCAGCCUCCAUGAUUCCUGCUUUUGACCAGAGAAAUGGAAUACGGUAAGCCCCUCAGGGAAAGACACAAUCCCUCCGCUGUUCAGGCACAAAAUGAAGAGGUGAUUUCACAAAAUAAACCCUAAGCAACCAACACUUCUGCUGUUGCUGUGUGCUUUUGGGCUGGAUGAAUAAUUCAUAUGAUCAGUUAGAGGAAAAAAACCUAUGCAUGGAAAAGUAACGACAUUAACAUAUUGAUUUCACGUUAUGACACGGAUGAUCAAGCCUACCUUAUGUGAUCCUAUAAAAUAUAAAUGCACUUCUUGUGAGUUCUGAGGAAUUCAUUGUGGAAAGACUGCUGCUUUCAUUAGGACCUUUAUUUAAUCCUAAUGUAAAUUCUCCCUGAAGGAAAGUGGUUGUCAGCUAACCAGUGCCGGGCCUUUUCAUCAACGGGGAUAUAUGUUAUUCUGUCAAGACAGUGUGCUGUUGCCAGCUCUCGCUGCUUGUGUCUAUUCCAGGGUAAUCUACAAGCUGAUGGCCUCUAAGAGUGAAAGCAUACGAGUGCAAUCCCUCAAAGUCCUCGGGUACUUCCUCAAGCAUUUGGGCCACAAGAGGAAGGUGGAGAUCAUGCACACACACAGUCUUUUCACUCUCCUGGGAGAGAAGCUAAUGCUGUACACCAACACUGUGACGGUGACGACCUAUAACACUCUGUAUGAGAUUCUGACGGAGCAGGUGUGCACACAGGUAGUUCAUAAACCCCACCCUGAGCCCGACUCCACCAUCAAGAUUCAGAACCCAAUGAUUCUCAAAGUGGUAGCUACCUUGUUGAAGAACUCAACCCCCAGCACAGAGCUGAUGGAGGUCCGGCGGCUCUUCCUCUCCGACAUGAUCAAACUGUUCAGCAGCAGCCGAGAAAACAGACGGUGUCUGCUUCAGUGCUCUGUGUGGCAGGACUGGAUGUUUUCUCUGGGCUACAUCAACCCCAAAAACUCAGACGAGCAGAAGAUCUCUGAGAUGGUCUACAACAUUUUCCGUAUUCUUCUCUACCAUGCCAUCAAGUAUGAGUGGGGAGGAUGGCGGGUGUGGGUGGACACACUCUCUAUAGCCCACUCAAAGGUGACAUACGAGGCACACAAAGAGUAUUUGGCUAAGAUGUAUGAAGAGUAUCAGCGUCAGGAGGAGGAGAAUAUUAAGAAAGGGAAGAAGGGUUUGGUCAGCACCAUCUCUGGUCUGUCUGCUCAGUCCUCUGGCAUCAAGGGAGCUGUUGAGAUCAGAGAAAUGGAUGAUAACUCCCAGACCCCGGAGAGUGAAAAGGACUAUGAGAGUGCUGACCCACACAACCUGCUGGCUGAAGUGAAGGGGCCAGAGGAGGGUCUCAGUGGAAAGAACAGUACCAUAGGUGGAGUCGGGGUCGAUGUUCAUGACCUUCUGGUGGACAUCAAAGCUGAGAAGGUGGAGGCUACAGAGGUUAAGAUAGACGAUAUGGAUUUGUCCUUGGAAACUCUGGGAUUAUCUCAGAAUGGGGCACUAGUGGAGGUGGAUUCUCUGUUGGAUAAUGUGUAUUGCGCUGCUGUAAAAAACCUCCACAGUAAUGCCAACAGUGUAUUGCUGCCAAAGGGCAGCAUGGAUGACCAAAAUGCACCACCUCUCAUUACUCUGGACGACGAAAAGGACAGCAUUUCUAACAGCAACAACUUCCUGUUCAGCAAGGUGGCAGCCAGCCUGGAGGACAAGCUGCUGCCUGAUCUCCGUCCAGCUGAGCCUCUGGUCCUGCCCAGCGCACAGCCUCCAGUACACACCAACACCAAGGAUGAUCUGGGCCUUCUUGCUCAUAUGACCAGCAGCUCUGAGCUCGGCUCGUUACCCAGCAUUCUAGAGAAGGAUGAGUUUGAACUAGAGGCAGCGUUGGAGGGAAUCAGCUCUGUGGCUGGUACUGAGUCAGAGGACUCCUCUAGAAGCACACAGGUCGCAGAUGCCCCAGCUGCCUCUGCAUCUGAACGGGACCCCCUGAAUGUCAGGACUGGCAGGGCAGCAGAGUCAGAAGGCAGAAGCGUAGACACGGACAGAUCAGAUGACAGCAAAGACAAGGAGAUGAGGAGGAUUCAGACAACAGCCACCACACAGGGUCAACAUGGCCGCUCAGCUACUCAGAUGGAGAGGGACAUACGUAUGGAUUUGGGCUUCAGGGUAAUGCCCAUGACAGAGGAACAGCGACAUCAGUUCAGCCCGGGCCCACGUACCACCAUGUUCCGCAUCCCGGAGUUCAAAUGGUCAGCCAUGCACCAGAGACUGCUGACUGACCUGCUGUUUGCACUUGAGAGUGACGUGCAUGUCUGGAGAAGCCACUCCACCAAGUCUGUCAUGGACUUUGUCAACAGUAACGAGAACAUCAUUUUUGUCCACAACACCAUCCACCUUAUCUCACAAAUGGUGGACAAUAUCAUUAUUGCUUGUGGAGGGAUCCUGCCUCUUCUAUCAGCGGCCACCUCUCCCUCUACGGAGUUGGACAACAUCGAGGCCACACAGGGCAUGUCCUCCGAGACCGCCAUCACUUUCCUGUCCCGUCUCAUGGUCAUGGUGGAUGUGUUGGUGUUCUCCAGCUCACUCAACUUCAGUGAGAUCGAGGCUGAGAAGAACAUGUCCUCGGGUGGCCUGAUGCGUCAGUGCCUCAGACUUGUGUGUUGUGUGGCUGUUCGGAGCUGUCUUGAGUGCAGGCAGAGACACAGAGACAGGGGAAAUAAGUCUUCUAUUCCCAACAACAACAAGACUCAGGAAAUCCUGCUAAAUGCUGUGACUUCCAGCAAGGACCCAGAUCGCCUUCUGCAGGAUGUGGACAUCAAUCGACUGCGUGCUGUGGUGUUUCGUGAUGUGGAUGACAGCAAGCAGGCCCAGUUCUUGGCCUUGGCUGUGGUGUACUUCAUCUCUGUGCUCAUGGUCUCCAAGUACCGUGACAUCCUGGAGCCUCAGCGUGAGACUGCAAGGAUAACCAACCAAUCAGGUCGCGGUGUGCGUCCGGGGGUCAACUCACCAACCAGCAAAGAAACACCUCUAGUAUUUAACAGCAGUAGGGACUAUCCUGUGCCAUCAGAACACCUCAACAUGGAUAGCUCCCUUCCCCGCACAGACUCCGGUAUCGGAGACGAGCAUUGUCCCAGCAUCCUUAACGGGUCAGACCUGGACCACAGUGUGGCCGGACCUGAUGCCAUGAGUGAGCUCAUAUCAACUCUGUCCUCCGAGAUGAAGAAGUCCCAGGAGCGUUUGUCUGACUCACCCAGCGUAGAGGACUUGAAAUUAUCCUCCUCCAUCAUCAGCAUCAGCCAGCCCAAGAGGGGCAUCAACGUGAAGGAGAUCCUGAAGAGCCUGGUGGCAGCUCCAGUGGAGGGCCUGGAGGCUGGGUUGGAGGCCGUGACCUACCAAGACCCUGCUGCCAAGGCCCAGGCCCAGGCCAUGCUGCCCAUGCAGUUUCACUCCUUUGACAGGAGUGUGGUUGUGCCUGUGAAGAAAACCUCCCCUGGCAGCCUGGCAGUUCACACAGUGGGAAGCAGCAGCAGCACCUCUGCUGGGCUGACAGCUGGCAGCACCCCCAACAUCUUUGCUGCUGCCUCUGCAACCCCAAAAAGCAUGAUCAAUACAACGGGAGCCACAGAUGCAGCCCCCUCUACCUCCUCUUCCUCUACUUUGGUCAACGGAGCUACCAGUAAGAACCUGCCGGCCGUACAGACGGUGGCCCCCAUGCCUGAGGACACGGUAGAAAACAUGAGCAUUACUACAAAGCUGGAGAGGGCCUUGGAGAAGGUGGCACCCCUGCUGAGAGAGACCUUUGUAGACUUUGCACCUUUUCUGUCUCGUACCCUGCUGGGCAGCCACGGACAGGAACUGCUUAUAGAAGGUCUGGUGUGUAUGAAGUCCAGCACUUCGGUGGUGGAGCUUGUUAUGCUGCUUUGUUCUCAGGAAUGGCAGAACUCCAUUCAGAAGAAUGCUGGCCUGGCCUUUAUUGAGCUAAUCAACGAGGGAAGGUUGCUCUGCCAUGCCAUGAAGGACCACAUAGUCCGUGUUGCCAAUGAGGCUGAGUUCAUCCUGAACAGACAGCGAGCCGAGGACGUCCACAAACAUGCAGAGUUUGAGUCCAACUGCGCCCAAUAUGGCGCUGACAGAAAAGAGGAAGAGAAGAUGUGCGACCACCUGAUAAGUGCUGCGAAACACAGAGACCAUGUGACGGCUAACCAGCUAAGGCAGAAAAUAGUCAACAUCCUCACCAACAAGCACGGAGCCUGGGGGACACUGGCCCAGAGUCAGCUGCACGACUUCUGGCGUCUUGACUACUGGGAAGAUGACCUGCGUCGGAGGCGGAGAUUUGUCAGAAAUCCAUAUGGCUCCACCCACUUAGAUGUCACAUGCAAAUCACUGCAGGAGUAUGGCACUGAGGAGGACAAGGGGGUCAAGUGUAAGACGGUCUUCCGCGGUCAGACUGUGGCCAGCCAGAUCCCUGAGACAGAGCUGAUUCUGGAUGGAGACGAUGAUGCCGUCAGCCUGCUGCAGGAGAAGGAGAUGGACAACCUGGGUGGCCCAGUGGUCCUAAGCAGCCCGGCCCAGCUCGUGGCCCCGGUCCUGGUGGCACGCGGCACUCUGUCCAUCACAACCACAGAGAUCUACUUCGAGGUGGACGAGGAUGACCCUGCCUUCAAAAGGGUCGACUCAAAGGUCUUGGCAUACACCGAGGGUUUACAUGGGAAGUGGAUGUUCAGCGAGAUACGAGCGGUAUUCACCAGACGCCACCUCCUGCAGAACACAGCGAUGGAGGUCUUCAUGGCAAACAGAACAUCGGUCAUGUUCAACUUCCCUGACCAGGCCACAGUGAAGAAAGUGGUCUACAGUCUUCCUCGAGUGGGAGUGGGCACCAGCUAUGGUCUUCCACAAGCCAGGCGCAUCUCCAUGGCCACCCCUCGGCAGCUUUUCAAAUCAUCCAACAUGACCCAGCGCUGGCAGAGGAGAGAGAUUUCCAACUUUGAAUACCUCAUGUUUCUCAACACUAUAGCAGGGAGGACAUACAAUGACUUGAAUCAGUACCCGGUCUUUCCCUGGGUCCUCACCAACUACGACACAGAGGAGCUUGACCUGACCUUACCGGGGAACUUCAGAGAUCUCUCAAAGCCUGUUGGUGCUCUGAAUCCGAAGCGUGCAGCUUUCUUCAAUGAACACUAUGAGAAUUGGGAAGACGACCAGACACCACCAUGUCAUUACAUCUCCCACUACUCCACAGCAGCUACCACCCUGCACUGGCUUGUCAGAAUAGAGCCCUUCACCACCUUUUUCCUCUCCGCCAACAACAAAUUUGACCAUCCUGAGCGCACGUUUUCAGGCAUCGCCCGCUCCUGGAGAAACUGUCAGAGGGACACAUCUGAGGUCAAGGAACUGAUUCCUGAGUUCUACUACCUCCCAGAGAUGUUCGUCAACAGUAACGGAUACCAUCUGGGCAUGAGGGAGGACAGGACCAUGGUCUGUGAUGUGGACCUGCCAGCCUGGGCCAAAAAACCUGAAGACCUUGUCAGGAUCAACAGGAUGGCCCUGGAAAGCGAGUUUGUGUCAUGUCAGCUGCAUCAGUGGAUUGACCUUAUUUUCGGCUACAAGCAGCGGGGCCCGGAGGCGGUGCGUGCCCUCAACGUCUUUCACUACCUGACUUACGAGGGCUCCGCCAAGCUGGACGGUAUCACUGACCCUGCGUUAAGAGAGGCCACAGAGGCACAGAUCCAGAGCUUUGGACAGACGCCAUCUCAGUUGCUUAUUGAGCCACAUCCUCCACGCAGCUCCGCCAUGCACCUGUGUUUCCUUCCACAGAGUCCGCUCAUGUUCAAGGACCAGAUGCAGCAAGAUGUCAUCAUGGUGUUGAAGUUCCCGUCCAAUUCCCCAGUAACACAUGUGGCCGCAAACACCCUACCCCAUCUUACCAUGCCUGCUGUGGUCACGGUCACCUGCAGCCGUCUAUUUGCCGUCAACCGAUGGCACAACACCGUUGGUCUAAGAGGAGCGCCUGGCUAUUCUUUGGAGCAGGCUCAUCACCUCCCUAUAGAGAUGGAUUCUCUUGUUGCCAACAGUACUGGAAGCAACAAGCGUCAGAUCACAGACCUAGUGGACCAGAGCAUCCAAAUCACCUCACACUGUUUUGUGGUGACAGCUGACAACCGCUACAUACUGGUGUGUGGCUUCUGGGACAAGAGCUUCCGUGUGUACUCCUCCGAGACAGGCAAGCUGACCCAGAUAGUUUUUGGCCACUGGGAUGUGGUGACAUGUCUGGCCAGAUCAGAGUCUUACAUUGGAGGAGACUGCUACAUCGUCUCAGGGUCCAGGGAUGCAACUCUGCUGCUGUGGUAUUGGAGUGGACGGCACCAUAUUAUCGGCGACAACCCAAAUAACAGUGACUACCCUGCACCUCGAGCAGUUCUGACAGGCCAUGACCAGGAAGUUGUGUGUGUGUCGGUCUGUGCAGAACUGGGUCUGGUCAUCAGCGGAGCCAAAGUGGGUCCAUGUCUGGUCCACACCAUCACUGGUGACCUGCUGCGGGCUCUGGAGGGGCCAGACCACUUCCAGUGUCCACGGUUCAUCUCAGUGUCCAGCGAGGGCCACUGCAUCAUCUACUACGAGAGGGGCUGCUUCUGCAACUUCAGCAUUAAUGGAAAAAUGCUGGCACAGAUGGAGAUCAAUGAUUCCACCAGGGCUAUUCUUUUGAGCAGUGACGGCCACAACUUGGUCACCGGUGGGGAUAACGGUGUGGUGGAGGUGUGGCAGGCCUGUGACUUCAAACAGCUCUACGUCUACCCUGGUUGUGACGCUGGUAUCCGAGCAAUGGACCUUUCUCACGAUCAAAGGACUUUAAUCACAGGCAUGGUGUCUGGCAGUAUCGUGGCUUUUAACAUCGAUUUCAACCGAUGGCACUACGAGCAUCAAAACAGGUACUAAAGAGAGAGAGAGGAAUUACACAGCAGGAGCACGUGUGCUGGACGAAACACCCAAAGACCAACAACCAAGCUUUGUAGCAGAACAUCAACAUGGAGCUUGAUAGAGAUCAUGUGGGUCCAAGACCAUCAGCAUUGUGAUGCUAAUAAAGAACAAAGUGUGCCAA